AAAUCCUAAACACACUCCUCGGGGAGCCCGAGCAAAAGCAGGGCUUAAUCUCACGAUCCGGAGAUCAGACCUGAGCCCAAGCCAAGAAUCGGAUGCUUACGGAAGUUUGGGAUAUUUUUGAGGACCACUAACUGGCAUUGUAUUUAUCAAUACGAUUUCGGUGCCCCAGAAGCGGGCCUGCAGCAUCGUAUGAAAGAAGGAAUGGACGUGAGAAGUUGGAGGCGGGCCGCACCGGCAGACAUUUCCCAGAGACCCACCCAUGCCCCGGAGGCGGGGCCUCGCUCCCCGGAAGCGUCCUGUGGCCCUGCCCUCCCGCUUCCGCCUCUCGGUUGCUAGGCUACCGGGGCCCUAGCAGAAAGCGGUGGCAGGCGAGCACAGGGAGCGAGUUCACUGCCGGCUGCGAGGCUCGGCCGCUGUCCCUGCAGUGGGGUGGCCUCCCGCCUCGCUUAGGCUUCUCUGCCGCCGCAGGUGCCGCACACAGCCCUGCUGCCCAAGACGGGCCGGGGAGCGGAGGCGCUCGCACCCUUCCCUCUGCCCUCCUAGGAAAUCUCUACGCCUCCUCUCCGACUCUUCAGGGAAACUACCCCUCACCACCUUCCCCGGCACCAGAAAGCCGUGAACCCCUGAAUUCCAUUUUCAGGGCCCACUCUCUGGGCCCCUGACCUUUCUUUUUCUUACUUACUCUAAGGCAACUCCAUCGGAUCCCUCCACCCCCCUUUCUUUCACUUUCCUGUUGCGUCCUGGUGGUGGGCGUCUCUCUCCUCCGAGAGGGAAGCGUGGGAGUAGCAAGGGUCCAGGCGCCUCUGGAAGCGGAGACUGGAAGACAAGCCGCCCUCCCUCAUUCCUCAGUUUCUGUGUAAUCAGCUGCCCUUUUGGAAAUUGGGCAGGGGGUGUGGCUGGAUGCCGGUGUCACUGACUUGUCUUCAGCGGACCAUGCAGAAGUAACAUGUUCCCAGCGUUGGAAACAGAGCUCAAGCAGGAGACUCUUCCUGAUCCCUAUGAAGAUUUUAUGUUUCAUCAUCUUCAAUACUAUGGCUACUUUAAAGCUCAGAAAGGCAGUUUACCGAACUCAGCCAUGCACCAGCAUGUUUGGAAGAAUAAUCCUCGCUACCUGCUGAGUGGCUCUUCUGGGGAAAGAGAGGAUGUGUUACCAGACCCGCUGCAAAAGGAGAAGCUACUGUGGCCCACCUGUCUCUCUUCAACGGUGCACAGACAGAUUGAAGCUGUAAGCAGAGGUAUUCCAUGUCCUUUCAGACCCGCAAACGCAAAACUGCUCUCUGGGAGAUGUCCUCACUCACUGCUCUCCCCACCAGAUUCCCUCAUGCUUAGUUCACCACUUCUGAAGAGCAGACAACUUCUUCAUGAUGAAUUUGGCGAAGUAAACCCGUGUCUUCGAGAACCCCGGGAUCUCUUUUCCUUCUUCUCCAGCAGAGGGCCGCUGCAGCCUCCCAGGUGGCCAAUAGAAUGUGAGGUCAUCAAGGAAAACCUUCAUCACAUCGAGUGGGUUCCACCUCAACCAGAAUAUUUCUAUCAACCUACAGGAAAUGAAAAGUUACCAGAAAUUGUAGGAGAAGAAAAAGGCACAGUUGUCUAUCAAUUAGAUUCAGUGCCCACCGAAGGUUCCUAUUUCACCAAUUCCAGAGUGGGAGGCAAGCGAGGGAUCAUCAGGGAGCUUGCCGUCGCGCUGCAGGGACCCGAGGAUAAUACUCUCCUGUUUGAGUCUAGGUUUGAGAGCGGGAAUCUGCAAAAAGCUGUCAGAGUAGAUACCUAUGAGUAUGAACUCACCUUGCGAACUGACCUGUACACAAACAAACACACUCAGUGGUUUUAUUUUCGUGUUCAGAACACUAGAAAAGAUGCCACCUACCGCUUCACCAUUGUCAACUUGCUAAAACCCAAGAGCCUUUAUACCACAGGGAUGAAGCCACUCAUGUACUCCCAGUUGGAUGCCAACACCCACAACAUUGGCUGGAGGAGAGAAGGAAAUGAAAUCAGGUACUACAAGAACAACAUGCGUGAUGGGCAGCAGCCCUUUUACUGUCUUACGUGGACCAUUCAGUUUCCACAUGACCAGGACACUUGCUUCUUCGCACACUUCUACCCGUACACGUACACGGACUUGCAGUGCUACCUGCUGUCAGUGGCGAACAGCCCCGUCCAGUCUCAGUUCUGCAAACUCCGAACUUUGUGCAGGAGCCUAGCAGGAAAUACCGUCUACCUGCUCACCAUCACCAACCCGUCCCGGACCCCGCAAGAGGCGGCAGCAAAGAAAGCUGUGGUCUUGAGCGCCCGAGUCCACCCUGGAGAAAGUAAUGGCUCAUGGAUCAUGAAGGGCUUUUUGGACUUCAUCCUUAGCAGCUCCCCAGAUGCCCAUCUCCUCAGAGAUAUCUUUGUCUUCAAAGUGGUUCCCAUGUUAAAUCCAGAUGGAGUGAUUGUGGGGAAUUACCGGUGUUCACUGGCGGGAAGGGACUUGAACAGGCAUUAUAAAACCAUUCUGAAGGAGUCUUUCCCUUGCAUCUGGUACACCAGGAAUAUGAUCAAAAGGCUUCUGGAAGAAAGGGAGGUUCUCUUGUAUUGUGAUUUCCAUGGCCACAGCCGCAAAAAUAAUAUCUUCUUGUAUGGCUGUAAUAGCAACGAUCGCACGUACUGGCUUCACGAGCGUGUGUUUCCUUUAAUGUUAAGCAAAAACGCACCAGAUAAGUUCUCUUUUCAUAGUUGUAACUUUAAGGUGCAAAAGUGCAAGGAAGGAACAGGCCGAGUUGUGAUGUGGCGCAUGGGGAUCCUCAACAGCUACACCAUGGAGUCAACCUUUGGAGGGUCCACCCUGGGCAAUAAAAGAGAUACUCACUUUACCACUGAGGAUCUAAAGUCCCUAGGUUACCAUGUUUGUGACACCCUUCUGGAUUUCUGUGAUCCUGACCGAACCAAGUUCAUGCAGUGUUUAGCAGAGCUUAAAGAGCUCUUACAAGAGGAGAUCCAUAAGAAAUUCAAUGAACUCGGACAAGAUAUGGAUUUAGAAGGAAGUUGGAGUGACAUCUCUUUGUCUGACAUUGAAUCCAGCACCAGUGGUUCUGACAGUUCCCUCUCAGAUGGUCUCCCUGUUCACCUACUGAACAUAGCGCAUGAGGUGACUCAAAAGAAGAUGUAUAAGAAGAAAAAAAAAAAGCCACUUCAGACGAGGAAACAGCGAAAUGAACAGUAUCAGAAAAAUAAUUUGAUGAGGGAGUUAAAGUUAACAGACGAUGUCCUGGAGAGGGCAGGGUUUGCUUCUACUCUGCAAAAACAGCCUACCUUUUUCAGAAAUUCAGAGAAUGCCAGUUCUUCCACAAUGCGAAAUGAAAAACCAAGGUUGAAUGAGCUACAUGGGAGAGACAAGGGCACCUCCCUGGACCCACCAAAAAUGACCUCCUUGAUUCUGACGAAGAGUAGAGAGAGAAUGCAGGAGAUGUUAACAACACACCGGGGUGCCGCCAUCAGUCGUGAGCUGUGCCUCACGUCCAGAGUUACCAGAGAUCGGUCAGUACUGAGACAGAGAAGCCAGGAUUCACAGCGUCAUGCUCUCCAAAGAGAAGCACAAAUCCCAGCCAAGAGCCGGUUCCAGAUAUGAAGCUAAACUGGUCCAGGAACAGAUAUCCUGCCACAAAGAGGGGCCGCGCCACCAUGACACUGUACCCAUCCCUGCACAUAUACACGUACCCAUAGGCGGCCAUGUUUUGGGUUAGACACACUUUGUGAUGAGGGGCGUUGUAUGAUUGGGAGCCGCGUUAACUGCGCUUUACUACAUUGUGUGUCCAUCGUGCACUGACCUUGCACUAUGUGCUUACGUCCCGUGCCUGCCCUCACGACACAUACCUCAUGAAUUAGAUGACUUUCUUCAUAAAGUAAAAUUUUAUUAUAAUGUAUAGAAAAGCUUCCUUUAUCAGAAAUUGAAGCGUGUGCUCAUGAACCUAGAGCACAGACAUCCCUCAUUUUAACCAACAGAUAUUCUCUCUCAAAUUAUGUGCAAAUCAAUUUUAACAGCUCAAAUUCUAUUUUAAACAUAUUCUGGGAGUGUGCUUCAUUUAAAAAAAAAAAAAAGAGUCUCGCGUCAACGCUUUCUAGCAAUGAGUGGUCAGUCAGUGAUUUAUCAGGUGGCUCGUGCUGAGGUGUUAACACAGCGAGAAGACAAUUCACAUAUUAGCCGGAGUUUAGUAUGACAUAUGUUAUGUUCAACACGGUUACAUACAUUUUUUAACCCACUGAUUAAAAUUCUUUCUUUCUA